CCCCAAGGCUUGUGCCUGCCCUUUGCCUGGUCCUCCCCCUCCUGGCAGCCCUCAGCUGGCUGGGAGGGAGCUGUCUGGACAGGGGCCAGUGCUGGCCAGUACCGUUGCCGGGACACCAAGGUGGCCUUUGUUGCUGUCAACAAUGGCCCCACAGGCCUUCUGGGAGCCCUGGGGACCCAGAGGCAGACAUGCAGACCCUGUGGUUGCAGCGACAGGAGGCUGCCAGGCCCUAUGUCCCCCAGGGGACCCUGGAAGUGGCCUUCCCAGCACCUCUUUACAGCGAUGACUACCUGUCCCUGGAGGGGCCCCGCUGGACACCGGCCAUCAAGCAGGCAACGCGCUGGAAGUACACGCCCCUGGGGCGCGACGCGGCCGGCCAGCUGGGGUACACGGGCCUGACCAACGUGGACCCCCGCGAAACCUGGUACAUGCUCCCGCGGGCCCCGGACAGCCCCUACCGCGAGGCCCACGCCCGCUGGCACGGCUGCCACGGCCACCGGGAGCGAAGCCUGCCAGCUGCCUACGCCCAGCGCCUCCGGGAGACGGCCUGGUACGACCCCGUCAUGCCUGUGGAGCACAGGGCGCCCGCGGUGUGGAAAGACAGAGCCAUCCAGGGCAGGGAGUACGUGGUCGACAGGCACCGACACGGCAUGGAGCCACCGUGGCGGUCGGACCACGUGCCAUACCUGUCGGUGCCACAGCGGCCGCGCCACACUGCCCAGGACUUCCGGCGCUGGAGCCUGGAGGCCUACUGCCCCUCCACCGGCCAGCGGGCCCCGCCCGCACCCCUGCCCACGCGCUGAGAAAGGCCCUGCCACCGCACGCCCCUCCCCACCAUGUCUCUCUCCACUUCCGGAGCCCUGGGUGGCCAGACAGCCAGAUAAAGGGAGCUACUGAGACCCUGGUGACCAAAACUCUGGGACCGAGGCAGACAGUCGGGGGAGGGGCGCCAGCUGUCCCCUCCCCUCCCUGGGCUCCAGGCA